AUGCAAGAAGAUAUUACAUAUGCAAGUAUUGAUAGCAUUGCUAAAAGAGUUGGGCUGACUUCAAUGUUAAUCGGCAGAUAUGAUGAUAGAACUUGGAAAGAAAACAGUCAAUAUGAUCUUCAAACUCAUUUAAGGAAAAAAGAAGAAUGACAUCUCUUGAUGGAAGAAUUAUACAAACAACGCACAAAAUUUAAAAAUAUUUACAAGUUGAAUCCAAUGGAUUUAAAAGUAAGAAAUCCUCCCAACUCUUUUAUUGCCAAGCCAAAUGGGGAAUAUGUAAGAAUGAUAGCAGCGAUAUUUGAAGGUCAGGUAUAUUUUUUGAAACCAUUAAAAAAAUAUCCGAAAAUUCGUGGGAUACCACGCGAAGCAUAUGUUAUGAGUCGACUUAGACAUGAAAAUAUAGCAAAAUCUAUAGGCUAUAUAAAAAUUAAAAAAAAUGAAAAAUUUUUAGCCUUGGAAUGCUUACCUCUAGUACUUGACAAAUAUUUGGAAAAAAACUUGUCAAUUAAACAAAAACUAUAUAUAAUAAUUGAAAUUGGAAGAGGAUUAUGCUUUUUGCAUAUGAAAAAUACAGUUUUUUUAAAUUUAUCCCCAUGGUCUAUUAACGUUGACCAGGAUGGUAAGCCAAAGCUCUUUGAUUUCGAGCUUUGCACAAAUCUUAAAAUGGAGCCUCCAGAAAAAUUCUAUAAAGAGUCUAGUUUUGCAUCUCCUGAAGCAAUGAUGGGCUGCAGAGAUAUUUUAGGCGAUAUUUACUCAUAUGGGUUAUUGGCGUAUUAUAUAUUGACCAAAAACCUUUAUUGUGAGUACAUUGGACUUGAAGGCUUAGAUGAUAAUUCAGAUUACUUUUCAGACUAUGAAAAUAAAAGUGUCAUAGACGGAUUAAGAAAUCUAAUAGAAAGAAUGAUUGAUCCGAUUUCAGUCGAAAGACCUACUGCUGAAGAGUGUUAUAUCGAAUUUAAAAGACUUAAUAAUAUAUAA